AUGCUUUCUGUAAAUAACUUUAUCAGUCGUAGUGUCUUAGUAUUUCAAAUUCCAAUCCAGGUAUCUCAAUUUUCAUUAUUCUACAAAACAUUUUCACCUUUCUUCCUUCCUUCUCUUUCUCACUCUCUUCCUCUCUUUCUCACGAUUCUUCCCCUACGUCUCUCUCUCUCUUUCUUGCUUUCGCUUCCUCUUACUACUUCGUCUCUCUCUCUAUCUCUCUCUUUCUCGUAUCUAUCUAUUUCAUUUUGUAAUAACUCUCAUUUCUUCUUUGUAUUUCACCUUAUUAACUUGCUCUUGUGCAUCUUCCGCUUCUUACAUCUCUCUUGGGCUACUUCUUUCCACUCCUUUCAACCUAUUCACUCUCUCAUUCUUUCUUUCUUCCUUCCUUUUCAAUUCUCGUUGCUUUCUUUUCUUUAUAUCACCUCGUCUUCUUUGUUAUAUUUUGUCGAAAUUGUUGCUUUAAGCUAUUUCACUGGAUAUCUUUAUUUUUUCCUGUCUCAUUUUGUCCCUGUUAUCUAUCUAUCUAUCUAUCUAUCUAUCUAUCUAUCUAUCUAUCUGUCUGUCUGUCUGUUUGUCUAUCUAUCUAUGUUCUGUUUCUAUCUAUCUAUCAUGGUCUUUGCAUUUCUUUAUCUAUCUAUUCAUAUCUAUCUAUCUGGUCUUUUCAAAUUUAUCUAUCACGGCCUUUUCAUAUCUAUCUAUCUAUCUAUCUAUCUAUAUAUAUCUAUCUAUCUAUCUAUAUAUAUAUAUAUAUAUAUAUAUAUAUAUAUCUAA